UACUGAAGUUGGGAACUUGAGUACUGAAGUUGUGAACCAAAGUUGCGAAGUACUGGCAAACGCGAAAGGUCUGUGUUGUAUGCAAGUAAAAGCUUAAUAAAUAGUUCACUGAUAAUGGCAGAUGAAUUGGAGGAGUUUCUUAAUAGUUUUAAGGAUAGAAUUGGGAAACAAAGUCAUGAAGUAAUAGAAAAAGCUUUGAAAGAAAAUGAAUUUUCUUCACGACUGUCGCUGAAAUUGUUAAGUAAUGAAAAUCUUGAUCAUCUUUUAAAGAAUACGAACUUGCCGCUUGGGGCAAGGAAAGUUUUAGAAUUUCAUCUCGAUUUGCUGCGGGAGCAGUCACCGUUAUUAAAACUUUCAAAAUCUCAAUCAAAAAGUUGUCUUGACGUGGAUGAAAAUCCAUCUGCUUCGUACGAGGAUACAAGUAUACCCGCUAAACGUUCAUUGGAAAAUCGGCGAAGGACAAUCGAAGACUCAAUUCAUCACAACAAACAAGAGUUGGAAGAGAUGAACGUGCAAUUAGAAUCAAUGAAUUUAAAUGUUCCUGAAUUACCAAUGAUUGGUAAUUACAAAGUCAUCUGCAGCAACUGCCACCACCGAGGUCACAGAAACACACAAACUAAACCGUGUAUUCUUGAAAAAUGUUCCGCGUUUACUUAUUGUGGACUUAAAGACAAACAUCCCGAAUAUUCUACGGACAUGAAUCGAUUGAAGUUUAAGAUAAAACAAAAACACGAGACUAUUAAGCAACUCCAAGAAUUAGAUGGUGUUAAUAAUUUUCAAAGCCAGAGUGAGCACCAAUUUAUAAAAGCAUUUGACCCCCAGAAUGAUGAAAAUUAAUGCUGAAUAUAAAAUGAACAGACCAAAACUUCUUCGCGAUAUUAGAAUUUUGCGCCAGUUCUUCAACAAUAAAAUUCCCGCAGAAACUACAAACGACGCUGAACAACUUCGAAUAACUCUAGCGAAAUGCAAGAAAACUUUGCAAGACGAGAUUGGUGAUGUAGGUGUUGUAGGAAUUAAAGAAUAUGAGAAAUGCAAGCGGGUGGCCUUGCAGUAAAUUUCAACGUUAACAUGAACCUAACGCCAACGAAAAACAAAGACAGUAAAAUCACACAAAAACAUAGUACGAAUACCAACUACACUGCACAAGACAAGAUCUUCAAAUGAAAGCAUUCUUCAAGGAGAAAACAUACGAAAAAAAGUAAACGACAGCAAAAACCACGUUACACUGUCGCUAGCUUAACAAGUGAUUCUCAACUGAGUUCGUCUGCAUCAAGCAGCAGAGCUUCAAGUAGCGAACGUUGUCGCGCUAAAAAACCUCGUCGCGCAAGAAAACUCUACAAUAAUUUCAGUGACUUCAAUUUCACUCAUGAAAAAAGGUUUUUUCAAGGUAUGACCGGCUGUUUACAACCUCAACUUGCCCAUGCAUAUAAUCCCCAUCGACAGUCUGUCUACGAGAGUUAUGAAAUGCCGGAAAUGGGAACGUAUCUCAUAGCUAUGCAAAUAUCACCAGCCUACAAUCAUCAUGAAACACAGUCGUUUUCCCCACAAUGUAUGGUUACGUUAGCAAACAAUGGUUUAUAUGCACCAAAACAGGGACAGGCUUAUUCAACAAACGCCUCCACUACUCUGCCUGACAAUGACAACAAUAAUACUGGUGAGCGUGGUGCCGGUCUUCAAUUGCUUUCUCCUUCAGCAGAUUUUGUGAACAAAAAUUAUUCAUGAGUUUAGAGCACUGACAUUGCAGUUGCAUUGCAAAACUUGUUCAAAGCUAUUCAUCGUGGGUAAAACGUUUUUUGUUUGUUUGAAGUUUUGUUAUGUACAUAUUAGCACAACAGCGAAUAAAAAUAGUUAUACAAUCAAAAAAUAAAAAUAUUGGCACAAGGUAA